CAGCGCAAAUGAACCUUAGGUAAGCUGCCUUUAGCACGCUAAUGAGAACCUCUCAGUUUAGCAUCACUCCAAGAACUUUAAAGUAAGAUGAGAGUUCCUUGUGUCUUUACACGGUAUCUAGUACUUAGUUCACGGUAUUGGAGCGCCAAUACCAAGAUCUGAUAUCUUCAUGCUUUCAGCUUCAAACCAAGUGGAGUAGGCCUCAAUGAAGGGAUGUUUAGAAAGUGGAUUACAUCUUUCCAUCCUACUGAAUAAUGUAAAAAGCGUCUCGUCGGACAAAUUGUGGAGAGUGGUGAGCUUCAAUUUGAUUAUCAGACGGUCUUAGGUGUGUAAAACGAAUUACAGCCUUCGGGUUGAUCGAAAUGGAGAGGCUGAUGAUGAAAGUUGCUUCCGUGAUCUCCGCCUUUAUCUUCCUGCAAGUUACAGUGUGCGAAGGAGCUACAGGAUCGGUUUACAGCAAGAAACUAUUCAAAAAAUUGUUUGAAGACGAGGGAUAUAAUCACAAUGUUCGGCCAGUUCUCAGCGUGAACACAGUUACUGAGGUCAGAAUGCUUCUGUACGUAGCUCAGGUUCUGGACAUGGAUGAGAGACAGCAGACACUGACAACGAACAUGUGGGUCACUUAUGUGUGGAAAGAUGAGUUUAUACAUUGGGACCCAGAAGAAUGGGGAAAUGUUACCAAACUCAAAGUUGAUUCGGAGCUACUUUGGAUGCCAGACAUAACGCUGUACAACUGCGCUGCAGAUAACUACAUUCCCUACCUAACCAAGAAGAUUUGCAUCAUUUACAAUGACGGUAACAUCAAUUGGGCCUCUCCAGUCAUAAUGAAGUCGCACUGUAAUAUCGAUGUCACACAUUUCCCCUUCGAUAAACAAAGUUGUGAGCUCAAGUUUGGCCCUUGGCAGUAUGAUGGUACAGAGGUCAACUUAACUGGCACAGGUGAUACCUCAGUCUUCAUCAGCGAUGGAGAAUGGGACAUGAAGGGGUUAGACGUGAGACAAGACGUCAACUUUUACCCUGAUGCACCCGGUAUUCCAUACACUGACGUGGUGUAUACCAUGCAUUUCAAGCGUCGGUCGCUAUACUACGUCUUCAAUCUGGUUAUGCCAUGCGUUCUCGUUGCUGGAAUUACUAUCCUGGGAUUUGUCCUGCCAGCUGACUCAGGGGAGAAGGUCAGCCUGGGUAUCACUGUGCUGCUGUCUUUGACCGUGUUUCUCCUUCUGAUAGCUGAGUCUAUGCCUCCUUCAAGUCACGUGCCGGUUAUUGGUCAGUACUAUGCGGCAACUAUGCUCCUAGUGUCCAUCUCUAUUAUGUUGACAGUCAUUGUCUUGAAUCUUCAUCAUCGUGGACCAACUUGCCGACCCGUUCCAAGGUGGAUGAGGCGGAUCUUCCUCAAUAAGCUAGCUCCCAUAUUGCGGCUGCAUCCGAGACCAAGCCAGAGGAACAAAGCAGUGAGCAAAGAUCAUAAGAUUUUCAUGCGUAUGCAGGAGAGCGAGACAUCAAUAAUGGACUUGACGACCCCACUGCAUCAGAAUCACCAGACGCCGGGAGAUGAGUCGCCAAUACGGGCCAUGCACAACACCACUCGAAACUUGCACAGAGACGGUCCCGAGAGGGCGUGCUGCCGUCAGCAGAUAGACAUUCUGCGACGGAUGAUGGAUCACAUGCGCGUGGUACGAGAGCACUAUGAUAGCUUGGAUCAUUCUGAUUUCAUCCGAGGAGAAUGGAAGCAGGUGGCACAGGUUGUCGACCGUUUGUUCAUGAUCUUCUAUAUACUCGGAACUAUAUCCACUUUACUCAUUAUCUUUAUUCAACUCAGCUGAAGCGUCACCGAUCGUGUUCGGCCAAGUCUAAUCCUCAUCGGCAAAUAAGCUCUUCGAAUUUUACAGUUAAAGAGGGCUUUAAUUUUCACUCGUACUCUGCCAAUAAGGUGCUGGAGCCAGGCGUUUUUUCAACACACAAAGUAAAUAGGCAUUUGCCCGACCUUUGUCAAGGGUUUUCUCGCGAAGUCAGAUGAAAUUUUCUUAAUUGCGACGUGUACCAGCGUGUGGGGCGCUUGUGUUAUGAGAAGCCAGUCUCGUAACUUGCGUUCAUAUUUUGACUUUUUGCGAUAAAAUUCAUGAAGCUGGUGGGCAUACGCGCGCCCUUCAAAUUACAAUUUCUUUUCAAAAUGCCUGGCUGGUAUAUUGCUCCUCAAGUGACGUCAUGCAGUUAAAGUCGGUGAAUGUUUGGGCAAGUUCGAGUGACGACUAUAUAGUUAACUCCGCCCCAACGAUGGAUGGUUUGAACCAAAGAUCGUAUAGCGCCGAAGGCGCAAGAUGGAUAACUCUGCCCGAAAGAUGUAAUUACCAUGGACACCUUUGAGCAAGCGAUACGCCUGCGCAGUUUAGGGUCAUGCUUGGCCGGGUGCGGGCUCACCAGGUGCACGUGCCUGCCGCGGCGCCUGCGCCUGUGCAUUAAUGUGCACUGCGCAGGCGUAUCGCUUGCUCAAAUGGCGCCUAUGCGAUUACAACGUUUUACGUAUAUUUAGGGUGAAAUUCGUCAUCUUGCGCCGCUUUGCGGGGUUAUUUGAUCUUUGGUUUGAACUAGGUAUCUAGUCGACCAUUUUAGGACCAAGCCCAAGGGGUAUGGUCACGCCGCUGGUUAUCAGUAGCAUUUAUCAUAAUAACUGUGCGAGAUUUCAAAUGAUGACCAUGUACGCCGCGAGAAUCGCAGCCAAGGGUGAAAUGUAAGUAACAAUGAGCUUUUUUAAAAUUUGACCGACUAGGGUCGUUCGAGUGUAACAGAAUUAUGCUUGCGCAUAUUAAAAAGCAUUUGACUACUGGUUGAACUAUAACUUGCCGCAAGUUCAUUUGCGCAAGCUCACUUCCGCUCUGCCAACAAACUUUGACGCUUCUGUACGGUGAUUUCGAUUAUAUUGCAUGUAUUGUUGGUUUUCGUAAAGGCUCUGUCAUGGUCAUACUUAUAACUUGAAAGUACAUGGAUGUCACAAUAAAACAAUAAACUGAAGAAGACAAAGAAAUGCUAGAACACAUAUACAUGCGUUGGGUCAUGAUAUACACUAUAAUGUGUUUUAUCACAUAAUGUAAGGAUUCACACUUUGUGAUAAGCAAUGUUAGUAGAUAGGGUUGACUAGUGCUAAUGAUACAAUCACAUGUGUAAUGUCAUUAUUUGAAGUGAUAUGUUGACACCUUGUGUAGGCAGAAUUAAUGGUAAUGCUUUUUGUUUGGUAGUUUUCAGACGGUGAGGGGAAGAAGGAAAUUCCAAGUAAUUGUUUGUUUGUUUUAGUUUGUAGAAGUUGAAAACAGUUGCUUUGAAAUGGUCACCAACUGAAUUUUGAUAACAGAAUUAAAUAUUUUAAAAUUAAAAGUAAAUUAACAUGUAUCAGUUUCCCUCGGUAUUUUAAAACAAUUUUAGUUUUCUUGCCUGUUGAGCAACAAAUCGGAUGAUAUGAGUCUAAUAAAGAUCGUAUACGGAUUGUAUCAAAGUCCA